AAAUGGAAUGAACCGUGACUUUAAAUUCCAGUGAGCAUAGCAGAAAAAAUUCACACAAUCAUGGAUGACAUUCCAUACCAAAUGAUAUCCAACCUAAGCCCUCAAACAAGAAAUAAUUGGAGGCUUAAGGUUCGAGUAACAAGAAUGUGGCAGCAGAUCAAUCGCGAUGCAGAAAUAGUUGGAAUUAACUUGAUUUUCGUCGAUGGGUUGGGAGGAUGGAUUCAGGCAUAUAUUCCCCGACAAAUCAGGCACCAGUUCGAGGAUCAUAUUAUUGAAGGAGAAACCUAUGAUGUGAAUAAUUUUGUUGUUAGGAGAUAUUCGGACAUGCAAUUUGGAAGAUGCUUCGCAAGUGAUAUCUAUAUCCAGUUGAAUCAUAUGACUGAGGUUUUGUUGACCGGAGAUGUGGAUUAUAUCCCGCCUCAUGUCUUUCAAUUCACUGAUUUGUCAGCUUUAAUGGAUGCUGCAAGCGAAAACAAAUUUCUGAUCGAUGUUGUUGGAAUAUUGGAGCACCAUGACCCAAUCAGUACCUUUAGAAACAGAUAUAACCAGCAAAAAUCCUGUUUUCGCUUUACCAUCAAUGAUAUGCACACAUCAGCAGAAGUGUUUUUCUACGACGAAAUGGCAGAAGAAUUUGAUCAAGCAAUUCAUGAUGCUGUCCAACAUCCAAUUAUCGUUAUCAUCUCAAGUUGUCAAGCACAAUUCUUCAGAGACGCGCCAAAGUUGUCAAACUUGCCACCAACAAGGUUUUUCAUAAAUCCAAAUCAUGGAGCAGUUGAGGAUCUAAGGGACGCAUUAAGGUUGGCUGCAUGGCAUAACAAUUAAUGAGUUUGUGAAAUACAAGCAAGCAAUGAAGUGGAAUUUCCUCUACUACUUUCAGUUUGGUUCAACCUGAAGUUGCUCUCUCUAUUUAUCCGUGUUGUGAUUUGCUCCUUCGAGAGCCUGAUGUUUUUAGAAAUAAUGCUUUCCCUUACAUCCUUUGUUGUCUGUAUUAAACUAUCAAAUCUUUGCACUUUAGAAUGCAGGCUUUUAUUCUGAUA